AUGGCAGAGCAAGCCAGCGCUCCAGAGGCGGCCGAGGCACAGCAGCCGGCCGCCGGCUUCCACGACGCAGUGUUUGGCAACCUGACGGAGAAGACGCCGAAUUACCGCAGCCUGGGAUGGCUGGCCACCGCCGCCCUCAUGAUGAAGACGCAGAUCGGGCUGGGCGUGCUCUCCAUACCCGCCGUGUUCGACACGCUGGGCCUGGUGCCCGGCAUCGCGUGCCUGCUCGCCGUCGGGGCCAUCACCUCAUGGUCCAACUACAUGGUGGGCGUGUUCAAGCUGCGCCACCCGGAGGUGUACGGCGUCGACGAGGCCGGCGCGCUAAUGUUUGGCCGGCUCGGCCGCGAGGUCCUCGGCGCGUCAUUCUGCAUCUUCUGGGUCUUUGUCGCCGGGUCCGGCAUGCUCGGCAUCUCCAUCGGCCUCAACGCCGUGUCAUCCCACGGCGCCUGCACCGCCGGGUUCGUUGUCGCCGCCGCCGUGGUGGGCUUCUCACUCGCGAGCAUCCGUACCCUCGGCCGCAUCAGCUGGAUCGCCUGGGUAGGCCUGGUCUGCAUCCUCGUGUCGAUCUUUGUCGUCACCGUCGCGGUCGCUCUGCAGGACCGCCCGGCGGCCGCGCCGCGCGACGGGCCCUGGACAUCCGACUUUCAGCUGUUCAAGAAGCCCAGCUUUGCGGCGGCCGUGUCGGCCGUGUCCUCGCUCGUCUUUUCCUACGCCGGCGCCCCGGCCUUUUUCAGCAUCGCGUCCGAGAUGCGCGACCCGCGCGACUAUAACCGCGCCCUGGUCGUCUGCCAAGCCGGCGUGACGUCGGUCUUUGUCGUCAUCGGCACCGUCGUCUACUAUUUCUGCGGGUCGUACGUUGCGUCGCCCGCGCUGGGGUCGGCCGGCCCGCUGGUCAAGCGCGUGGCGUACGGCCUGGCCCUCCCGGGGCUCGUGGCCACAACCACGCUCGUUAUCCACUUGCCUGCAAAGCACGCCUUUCUGCGGCUGCUGCGCGGGUCCAGCCAUCUCACGGCCAACAGCUUCGUGCACUGGUCGGUCUGGCUGGGGUGCACGCUGGCAAUCACGCUGGCGGCCUACCUGAUUGCGAGCGGGAUCCCGUUCUUCGGCGGCCUCGUGUCUCUGGUGGGUGCCCUGCUCGGCACGCUGAUGGCCUUCCAGCCGAUGGGGUGCAUGUGGUUGUACGACAACUGGAGCGAGGGCAGACGGGCCCCGUCGCCGGGCUGGGCUUGCAUGGUGGCAUUCAGCGUCUUCGUCGUGGUUUCCGGCACCUUUUUGAUGGUGGCCGGCACGUACGGCUCGGUGGUGGGCAUCGUGGACGCGUACGACCGGGGGGAAGGCUCCGCGGCAUGGACCUGCGCGGACAACUCGAAUUCCGUGGCGUCGUCCUGA